CAGUGGCGUAGCUGCGCGGCUCGGCCGAGCACGGCGCCGCCCCUCCUCCACAAUUGGUACGCUACGGUCUGGUCAGGGGUGGAUGAACAGCUCUCCCGCAUUAUCAGAGAGGUCAGCGCGAGGCGCGGGCCGCGGGCCGUCGUCGGGCGCGACAUGUACAGCUCCUCAGUCAUCAACAAGUGGCCGUCAGCGCAGCUCAGACCGCCCGGCCCGGGCCACUGGAGCACGAUAGCACGAGCUGGUCCCCGACGGCCUCCCGCCCACGCCACGCCUACGCCAUGCGAGGCGGCUUGCUGCAGGUCGACCCGCACACGUGACACUCGGGCCGGAAGGGCCCCGCCGGCCCCGCCAUGCCCGUCGCCGAGAUGGUGCCCCGGAUGGCGAGGGGCUUCCACUGCAGCCUGUCCCUGCGGGCGUGCACCAUCACACUCGCGAGCAUCCAGCUGACCGUGUCUUUGAUCAGCCUCAUCAGUACGCUGAUACUCGAGGUCGCCACGAUGCGUGAUCCCCAAGAUGCCCUUCGCGACGACUUUGACUACAACAACUACGACGUCGAGAGUGGUUACGAGGAGCUGGAACUAACAACAAGUGCUCCCGAGCCAAAGAUGUCCGUAUCCGACGUCACAGGGGAGUCUAUCUACCCCAGGAUCAUCUACAUUAGCUUUGUUUUCGAAAGCGUGAACUUGAUUCUUUGCUUGCUCGACGUCGUAUUGAGCUGCACCCUAAUCGCAGGGGCGGCGAGGAGACGGGCCUCCCUUAUUCGCCCAUGGCUUUUCCUUGGGGCAGCCUUUCUCAUCUACGACAUUCUUUACUUCGUGGUUACCACGGCCGAGGGUCUUCACUUCAUGUACCGGUUUUCAGAGCUGCUACACAUUCCGUUGGCGGCUUACCUGUGGGUCGUGGCUUGGAGCUUGUACCUGGACUGCAACGAGGAGGCCAGGAGGAGCGCCUCCUCGCCCGUCUGCAUGUCCGCCCUGGUGGAGGACGGCGAAGAGGACGUCGAUCAGUGUUCCGUGCCGUACGCCACUCUUGGGAAACCAAAUUAAGACUUUUGUAAAACAGAACUUAAGUAAUAAAAAGAUGUAGAUAUAAUGGUUAUCAGUGCAUAACAUACACACUGCUAGUCAUAGCGAAAUAUAUUAUUCUUCCUGACGGGGUCACAAGGGCUGCCACACACACUUUACACAGACAUACACCACGCGCCGUGCGGGGGCGCGAGACCCCGAGACCAGCGAGACCGGCUAGUGCCGCCAUCUAACGGACUGACGGUGGAGGAGGCGGGAGGCGGGCAGUGUUGUGCGACAGAACUGUAACCUCAGCACCAGUGAUUUUCUGGGUAUUUAAAUCAAGACGAGGACAACGUCAUGUCUGCCCAGCCACGUCCGCUCGUCGGGUUCGCAAACCUGGGAAACACUUGUUUUGUGAACUCGGCCUUGCAGGUUUUGUUCAGUUCGAAAAUUAUUCUGGCGCGUAUAGCGUCUCAUGUAGCGCCUGGCUUUCACAAGAACUGCGUGGCUUGCGCCGUGGCGGUGGACUAUCUGCGCGCUCUCCAGCGGGUAGGUUCGGAUGAUGAAGUGUCACCGGACCAGACCCUCGGCCAGCUGCAAAGGCUUAUGCCCGGUGUGGUGCCUGGCACCCAGCAGGACAGCCACGCGUUUCUGCUGAGUUUGCUGAACACUAUUAAUAACGAGCUGGCCGAGCACCUCAUAGAAAUGGGGGAGUAUGUGUUCAUAACCGAGUGCAACAGCUGCAAAGCCUACUCAGAAAAUCCGAACCCAUGUUGGAACAUUCCCGUUCCUGUGAUGGAAUCGAUAGAUGCGGCGCUCGAUGCGUACUUCACUCCAGAGUGCGUGAGUGGUGAGGAAAACAAAAUCCAAUGCAGAGCGUGUGGUGUGAGGUCGACCGUUACCAGGUCACAAAAGGUUAAGAUCCCACCCGAAAUUCUUAUUGUCCAACUAGCAAGGUUCCAGUUCAAGGAGGGGCGCCUGCAGCGCGUGGAUGGCCUGACGCUCAUCCCGAUGGAGCUGAACCUAUCCCAGUACCGGGGGACACUCACACCGCCGCGCCCCGAGGACAAGAUGCGGUGCGUCGGCAUGGUGAUUCAUACGGGGCACAGCCUCCAGCACGGACACUACCGCGCCAUCACCGUCACUGGAAAGGACAACUUCCACCUCUUUGAUGACCGUGUGGUCAGAGCAAUGCAAGCAAUUGGUGCAUACGAGAGGGAUGAUGUGUACUUCGUUGUCUAUGAAAGGUCAACUAAACCGCCCCACCGACAGCAACCACUGGCAUUCCCAACGCCAGCGGUUAAGAACUACCCCACGGAUACGGCAUCCCCGGAAGACGUACUGCGCGCGGAUUCACCUCUAUCGGACCGGCGUCCCUGGCUGCAGGAUCUGGUACCGUCGCAAUCCGAGCAGUCCACCCCGGACACGACCAAGACGAUAGUCCCCCUCAAACCAACAAAGACAUACGAGAAGCCCAAGAAGACUCAAUCGUCGACCACAGCACAGACGCCCGCUCGCCCCUCGACAGAGCGCACCUCGUUCUCCUUCUCCAGAGAUGUUCUGAGAGAUGUGCCGGGUUGGGCCGGCAUCGAUGGUAGUGGAGUUGAAGGUCGUUGGCAGCCUCUCGCGGACGAGUCCCUGCCCCCGCAGCACCUGAGCAGCGGCAGCGAGACUCUAGGGUCAGCUCGACCGGACCCGCGACGGCAACCAGGGGCCUCCUCGCCACUAGCCGCAUCCACCCCUACAGCAACUGCAGGCGCAGGUCUAGCGAGGCGUCUCUUGCGACUUCCACCCCCAACUACAUCCACGCCGAUAAGGGCCGUUGACGAGACUGAAGCAUCUUCCGAAUCCGACACGACCGCGACAAAGACCAUUGUCCCCCUCAAACCAACAAAGACUUACGGGAAACCUAAGAGUGACUCGUCGUCUACUGCGCCCCGGAAGGCGCCCGCGGCCCCGUCGCUGUCCUCACCGUCCUCCACCAGCCAAAGAGUUCAAGGUCGUUGGCAAAUCCCUAGGGUGGACGAGUCCCUGGGCCCUCAGCACCUGAGCAGCGGCGGCGAGACACUUGUCCUUGCAUCCCCGCAGCAUGUCGAGGAUCCCCGUUCGGCUUCGGACGUGGUCGCCAGCGCCCUGCGUGCCUGCGGGGGAGGCCUCUCGCCCCUCGCGACUCCCAGCCCCCAGGGGCCCAAGCUCCCUCUGCUGCUGACUCCUAGCCCCAUCAAGAGCACGGACUUCACGGACCUGGAACCCAUGUGGACGUGGGCGACCCGCUCCGACCCCGGCGCCUCUGCGCUGCGCUCGACGUUCCGCCCUGUCCGCACCGACGGGGCCCUGGUGGGCCCGUGGUCGGACUCCUCCGAGGAAGAGCCGCGGGACCGCCUGCCCGCUCCCACAUCCUGUCACGAGCCGGUCCCCGUCCGGCACCUCAAGUGCACGGAGUGCUGGGCCAAGUUCCGUGACAAGAGGUCAUUGCAGCGACACCUACUGAGGCACUCUCUUGUCGGAUUGAGUGAUCGGCGGCUCUAUUCAUGCUGCUAUUGUGCUUCAUCGUUCCGUACUGUCGACCUACUGCAUCGACACUUAAGACUCCAUGUGGAUGACAGUGAUUUGCUGCAGUGUCCGAAGAAGUUUUGCAGUAUGCAGUGCCGUAAUCUCAAGAGGUUGCACCGCCAUCUGACUGCGCACCGCCUUGAAAAGAGGUUUUUCAACAUGCCACAACGCAAUCCAGAGAGGUUGACUUCCCCCAACACUCGAACGGAUCGAAACCAGCGUGAGGAGACGAAACCUAAGGCUAAGCAGUUAAGACACCAGUGCCGCUUAUGCAAACGGUGUUUUGAUGACUGCAAAACCCUCCGUCGACAUCAUAGAACAUUUGGAGAACGCGGAGAUCAAAAGGAAUGCCGCGCUUGCGAGCGGCGGCGCCAACGAAUUCAAAACUUGAACGACAAAAAGGAAAGAAUCGUACCUUGGGAAAACCACAAAAACUUCAUUCUCCGCACCAUUGGGCUUUGGUCGUAGUUCCAGUCGGAGAGUUUCAUUCAUUCCUUCAUUCGAAAAGGUCGUAUUUUUGCCGGCAAACUGGGCCAUGACGAGCUAUGGGCUGCAACCAAUCACGAAACGAGUUUCAGCCACGGAAGGUUAGCCAACCUAAUCUUUCACACAAGUUUUGU